CGUUAGUCACAUCAAGUGAAACUGUAAGAGCAACACGAUGUUUUCGCACCGAGGAUUAUUCUUAGCAGUGAUGACAAUCUCACUAGCAAGUAUUUCACUUGCCAACGUCCUCGUUCAACCCGGAUAUAAACAUCAAUACGAUAGCAAUCGACGUUAUUUGCAAGAUCAGUCUGCUCCGCAGUACUGGACACAGUCUCCGAUUGAACAAUAUCGCGCGGAACAAUUACCGGACCAGGAAUCGACGCAAUAUCGUCCGGGAGUUCAAACAGUGUAUCCCUAUGAAUCGAAUCAAGCCGAUGCUCGUUCGCAUGUGUUAAGCUAUCCACAUCGUCCACCGUACCACCAUUAUUUACCGAGGUCACACCAUGUGCAUUUCGCAAGAAUAGGAGGUCAUGGAUAUGUACGGCCCUCGGUGUAUGGAUAUGUCGGCCAUCCUCAAUCUUUGAUGGUACACAACCGAAGGAAAAGAUCGGAUCCUGCAAGCACUGAAUCCAGUAAAUCUGAGGUCGUUGCACAUGACAAUGAUGUGGCCGCGAAGUCGCCCUCAACUGACGCCAAGCAUCCUACAACCAUCGACUCGUUACUUCCAGAACAUGAGCCUACUGAUACUACUGCAGUGACAUUCUCGUUAGCGAGUAUCGCACUUGCCGACGUCCUCGUUCUAUCCGGCUAUGAACAUCAAUACGAUAGCAAUCCACGCUAUUUGCAACAUCAAUCUGUUUCGCAGCACUGGAUACGAUCUCCGAUUGAACAAUAUCGCGCGGAACAAUUACCGGACCAGGAAUCGACGCGAUAUUUUCCAGGAGUUCCGGAAUUGACAUCGCGGUCAGAAGCCUCAACAACAGAAAAAAAUGAAGAUCCAAAAGAGACUAAGCGUAAAAGAAUGGAAGAAUUGAGGCGUAGAAAGCAAUUUAUCUACCAUUUAGGCGGAGGCCGCCGCUCCCCUCAACCCUUAAUGGUACACAACCGAAAGAAAAGAUCGGAUCCUGCAAGCACUAAAUCGAGUAAAUCUGAGGUCGUUGCACAUGACAAUGUUGUGGCCACGAAGUUGCCCUUAACUGACGCCAAGCAUUCUACAGCCAUCGACUCGUUACUUCCAGAACAUGAGUUUACUGAUACUACUGAUAAGCAUGUGGAAAACCGUCAGAUUGAAAAUAACUACAUGAUAACACAUCCACAUUCAUUCGGUUUUUAUACAAAAGAUACGCACCCUGUAAAUAUAUCCGACAUUUACAACGGAAUCAUGCAACUUAUAUUUGAACUUUAUGCAUAUCUUAAGCCGCUCUUCAGUUCUUCAACCGCACAAAAGAAAAUCACAAAUAUGCACAAUGCUCCAGUAUACAAUGCUCCAGUAUUAUACGAUGCUCCAGUAUACAAUAAUCCAGUAUACAAUGCUUCAUCAGUAUACAAUGCUCCACUAUGUUAUAGGUUAAUAUGUAUUUUUUUAUCCUUUUAAAUAACUUCUGAAUAUGUGUUUAUAUCAUUAAGGGCCGGUUGUUCCACCUUUCGAUAAAUCUCGGCUUACUCGACAGAUUACUACCUAUAGGAUAAAUCUUACCGGGUAGUUUACCAGCUAUUUAGUGAGCGUUGUUCCACGGUUAUUAAUCCUAUACAAAUUCUAUAUUAUCAUAUUCGUUAAAUAAAUCUGGACGUGGACGAAAUGUAUAUCGCUUGCGAAGCACCACUAUAUAUAUUUCUUCAUCAGAUUCUUUGUUAUCAUCUUCGUCACCAUAAAGAAAUUGAUUUUCGCAUAAUCCUGGUUCCAUUUUCGAUACCGUCCGAUAUCGUCCGUUCGAUAAUAUCCAAAUUCUUUAUCGCAAAAUAUUAAUAUACAAAUGCGUGAAACGUCAGAUACACCAGCGCUGCGCAUCUCCCGCUGACGGGGUAUGAUUUCUAAUCCCACUACGCAUUUAUCUGUCAGAUAAGUCUUACACAGUACCCAAAGUACCGUGUAAUUUAUCUGUCGAUAGUGGCCAUUUAUCAGGAAGUUAAAUUUUACCGAGAAAUGGAACAACGCUCUACAGACAUUUUAUCCAUCAGAUAAGUUACCAGAUAGUUUAUCUGAAAGUGGAACAACCGGCCCUAAAGUAAGUAAAUAUAUAAUAUAAAGCAUAAUAUAAAGUGAAUAUAAUACCACU